GACACCAAAUCUCCCUCUUAUUUCUUCUAUUUUGGGUUUCUAUCAGAUUCUUAAUUACCAAGAAAGAAGAUGGAGAGUGGGAAGUUCGUGAUCGCGGCACAGGAGGCCGAGGCGAUGGCCAAGACGGCGGGAGUCGCCGCCCUCAAGGAGCUCCUCCCGCUCCUAGUCCCCACCGCCCUGCGGCUGGCGCGGCCGCCCAUCUCCAACUACCCCGUCGGCGCCGUCGGACUGGGGAUGAGCGGCCGGAUCUUCCUCGGGGUGAACUUGGAAUUCCCUGGCCUGCCGCUUAACCACUCCGUCCACGCGGAGCAGUUCGUGGUCGCCAACGCCGCCGUCCAUGGUGAGGCCGGCAUCAGCUGCAUCGCUGUCUCCUCCUUUCCCUGCGGCCACUGCCGCCAGUUUCUUCAGGAGAUCCGCGGCGCGGGGGAGAUCCAGAUCGUCGUCACCUCGGACGAGGAUGCCGCCUUCCGCCCCCUAUCCUCCCUCCUGCCCCACCGCUUCGGCCCCUUCGACCUCCUUCACAAGGGGAUCCCUCUCCUCCUCGAGCCGCACGACAACGAUCUCGGCUCCGUCGAGUCCGCAGUUAUCGCUGGCGGCGGCGAGGAAGUGUACGAGGGGAUCGAGAAAGAAGGGAUUCAGCAGCGGCUGAGGGCCGCGGCGGGGGCAGCAGCGAAGGCGUCACACGCGCCGUACAGCGGGUGCGCAGCGGGCUUCGCGGUGGCGGACGGAGAGGGGAGGGUGUACGCGGGGUCGUACAUGGAGUCGGCGGCGUACAACCCGAGCCUGGGGCCGGUGCAGGCGGCGAUGGUAGGAUACGUAGCGGCGUGCGGAGGAGUCGGGGGAGAGCACCGCGGGUGGGGGAUCUUCGCGGCGGCGCUGGUGGAGAAGGAGGCCGCAGCGGUUUCCCACGAGGGGACUGCGAGAAUCUUCCUGGCGGCGGUGGCGCCGGGUGCCAACCUCAACGUCUAUCGCUUCCGCUCCUCCGCUACGGUUUAGAUUCGUGCGGAUUCCGUGCUUUGGAGAUGAAGACGAUCGUUGCGAGUGAAAACGAAGGGUUCAGAUCGGAUAGGGUGUCUAAUUGACAAAUUGCCGCCACGUUGUUAAUAGAUGAGACGUGUAUGCUAUAAUGAUAAUAAACAUUAUGAUGAAUCCGAUUGAAUA